CGCUUUAAAAUUAGCCACCCCCACUCUCAGCUGCCAGUAAACUGCUGACUUCGGAAGUGAAGUUAGCACUUCCCCCUGCGGCCUAUUCAAUACGCAUGCGUCUUUAUUGGGAUUAAAACUCCUGUGGUAAAAUAAAGAAUACAAAAGGCUAUGUAUGGGGAAGCACAUGCGGGCAUCCUAUCUACUGUCCUUCCUUCGGAAAUCUGCAGCUCACUGACAGACAGCAGGAUAGCCAGUAAUCCAAGUGAAUUCAGGACUACAGCUCCCCCCAUAACACCCAAUACCGCGCCGGGGACCACUACUCCCGCCUUCCCCGACCUGAAGUCAUGUGCUUCCAGUUUAAAAUGGCUGAAUUGCUAAUGGAGUGUGAGGAGGAAGAUCUGCAACCGUGGCAACAAAGAAUAAAGGAAGUUGAAGAUGAUGACGAUGAGCUAAUAUUUGUUCGGGAGAUUAGUGGAGCAAAGCAACCUCCUGCAAGGUUUUAUUGUGAAUUCGCCCCCAGCAAUUCUACAAAUGUAAUGUAUACUUUACAACCAAGCACAACAUUAACACAGUAUCAGGAUGCACAUCCUCUCAGUGCUACAGCAAGUAUUGGGCGGAGUAACAUCACAAUAACAGAGAAACGCACAGCUCAAAUUGAGAUUUCCGAUGAUUCACCAAAAAAAACAAAAAAUGGAGAGAAUGAAUGCAGCAGCAGAUUGACUGAUUUACCAGCAUCAGUGAAGUCACCCACAUUGCCACAGUCUUCCCCUACAAAAGUAAAUGCAGGGACCAGUUCAGGAACAACACCGAAACACGGGCCACCUUUUCCUCGAGCAUGCCCAAAAUGCAACAUACAUUUCAAUCUUUUGGAACCUUUGAGAAAGCAUAUGAAGUUUUGUUGUCCUGACAAAGUGGACCACUUUUUUAGUGGAGUGGCAAACAAUAAAGCCGUGAAUCCACGGAGAAUGAUAGCGUAUGCAGAAAAAGGAAAGCUGAUCAUGUUAGUUAGUGAUUUCUAUUAUGGAAGGUGUGGAGGAGAUCUUCACUUAACCAAGAAGGAGAAAAAGACCCACACAACUUUCAAAUGUUUUAUCUGUCACAAAGUUCUUAAGAACAACAUAAGGUUUAUGAACCACAUGAAGCACCAUUUGGAGCUUGAGAAGCAGAGCAGUGAAAGUUGGGAAAACCACACCACCUGCCACCACUGCUAUCGGCAGUUUCCCACACCUUUCCAGCUGCAGUGCCACAUCGAAAGCUCACAUACUCUCUAUGAAUCAUCAACCAUUUGCAAGAUAUGUGAGUUAUCCUUUGAAGCAGAACAGAUAUUGCUGCAACAUAUGAAAGACAACCACAAGCCUGGUGAAAUGCCCUAUGUUUGUCAGGUCUGCAAUUACAGAUCAUCAUCUUUUGCAGAGGUUGACAGCCAUUUUAGGUGUGCUCAUGAAAAUACCAAAAGUUUGCUUUGCCCAUAUUGCCUCAGAGUUAUUAAGUGUGGAACACCGUAUAUGCAACACUACAUAAAACAUCAGAACAAAGGAGUAUACCGAUGUCCAAAAUGCAGACUUCAGUUUUUGACUUGUAAAGAAAAAAUGGAUCACAAAACUCUGCAUCAUAGGACCUUUCGAAAGCCAAGACAAUUAGAGGGCCUUCCUCCCGGUACAAAGGUUACAAUUAGAGCAUCAGUUGGAUCCAUCAUAAACAGUGUCUCUUUUCCUACCAAUACUGUUUACACAAGUCCCCCAUCUACUGCUCUUCAAGCAUCUUCUACAAACAACAAUACAAAUGCUAAAAUUACUCAAGUACCUUUAGUUAAAUCAAAUGCACAAAACACUAAACCAAAAGUACCACCUCAGACUCCUGAGAAGAAGCCAGCUAGCACAACUACCACAAAACGAAUUAAGAUGAUCAAUACAGCAUUGCAAAAUCUAAGGUCAAUGGCUGGUUACCAUAAAUGUAUUGAAUGCCAGCUGGAGGUGAAAGAUUUUGAGGGUCAUUUUCACACAUAUGUGCACUGCAGCAAAUGCAAAUUUAGUACAAGUUGCAAUAAAGCCUAUAUGAAUCACAUGGGUAGCUUUCAUGGCAGAGGUUCCAGCAAACGGGCUAAGGGGUCAAAAAAAGCUCAAAAAGACAAAAGGAGAAUUACUCUGGUGUGCCUCAAUUGUGAUUUCCUGACUGAUGUAUCUGGUUUAGAUGAUAUGGCCAAACAUCUGAAUGAAAGCCACACUCAUUCUUGUCAAGUUAUCUUAGAGAAUGUUUCCAUAUUUUCCUCAACUCUUGAAGGAGACAUGGCUAAAUCAAGAAAUGAAUCUUCAGUAGGAGAGAGGCAAAAGUAUUGCAAGAUAAUGCUAUAUGAUGCAAAGACCUCAAUAAACCAAAGCAAAGGAGAAAAAACCACUAUCACGACAAUUGAAGAAAGUGGUACUUCUGAAAGUAGCAAGAUGAGUGAUCAAAGUAGCUUCUCCUCACAUGACAAACAUGUUACACCUGUGGAGCCUGUGAAAGAUUCUGUGAGUACUGUAAAAGAGGAAAUAUCGAACCGAGAUCUUACUUCAGAGACGGACCAGAACUUGGACAAUACAUGUAUUGGUGACACCUCUGACCAAAGCAAAGUAUCUUUGGAAGAUGAUAGGCUGGACACAGAGAGUUGUAAGCCAAACUUUGCAGGUGAGGAAAACUGUUUUGUGCAGUUUUUGAGAAGAAGAGAUGAACCCAAAUCCAUAUGUUCGGAUGUUAGUGAGCAAAGCAGUGUUCAUCUGGAACCGUUAACACCUUCAGAAGUUCUUGAGCACGAGGCCACAGAGAUACUACAGAAAGGUACUGUCACUGCUUGUCAUCAAAUUGAAGCACCUUGUGAGCAAACUGAUGACACUAAAGAACAUGCUGAAAUGAUCCCCGUUUUUGAAACAGACUCUUAAAGAGGAAAACUAAGCUAUUUUUGAAGAAGGUUGCUUUGGGUAGUGCCCUGGCAAUGCCACAUUAUGAAUGUUUGUGUUAAAAGAGUGGGGUCAGCAAGGAUUAAUGAACUACUUUUCCUAAUGUAUUGGAAGAUUUCUGAGUAGAAGCUAUGUUACUAUCAGUGUUAAAAUGUAUAGUGCUAGCUAGGGCGGGAAGGAAAUACCUUUGCGAGGGGCUGGACAUUUUAUAAACCACCCUUUUAGUAUUCGUUCGUAAUUAAUAAGAAGGGCUUGGUUUCUGUCCUUCCAUGUUAUUGAAUGACAUACAAUUUGUGACAAAUGAAGCCUUGAUUUUUCAAGAGCUUACUGGAAGAAACACAAGAUAUUAUGCCAGAAAUCAUAUCCGCUUUUAAUAUCUAUGCACCUCCGCACAGGUGUAAUCCUGCCAGUCAAGUCUUAUUUUAAAGCUUUCAGUGAAAGUGAAAAAUGAUUGCAUUAUGGAUGUGUAUAUAAAUCUAAAUAUAUAUGUGUGUGUGUAUACAUACAGGUAGGAAUUAUUCAUACAGCAGUCAUCAGUUUUCUUUGAUUGUUCGCCAACCAAUAGAGUCUCUACUAAACUCCAAAGUAGAUUACAGAACUUGGCACACUAUACUUCCAUCAGCAAAAUGCUACAUAUGGAGAUAUGGCUUGCAGAAAAAUUGCAGAUUGAACAUCGAACUGCAUUUGUUUUUGCAACAUUGGUUAGUUCAUCUGAAUAUUCAGGAUGAUUGUUAUGGUCUAACUUUGCAUGUACCUUAUAGACACAGGAAUGCGUUUUAUAAUAGUAGCUUGCUUUAGUACUAACAUCUGUGAUAAAACUACUAGUAUCUAGUUUGAGAUCAUGAACUUAGAUUUGUUUAAAAUGUUCUAUUGUUUUAAAAUAGGUUUAUGCUGGAAAUAUUACUUUUUAAGUAAAUAUUUGAAACAA